ACCAGUUCCUCUGCUUGUCCUCUACACAGUGCAGUGGUGAAGUCUUGCCAGUAGGAAUACUGGGACAUAGGCUGACUUGUUUUUUUUGUAUUUCUCUCCUUGAGUCAUGGUUCCUUCUGGGCUUCAGGUUUGGAGAUGGAUACUCUUUGCCUGCUUUCACUGGCUUUGUGUCUGUCAGGAGACUCCAAGGCCGGUUUACAUGGUAGCCAUUCCUGCAGUAAUCCAGGCAGGCUCAGAGGCCAAGCUUUGUGCCAGUCUUCUGCAGCCCAACGAGACCCUGGUAAUGACCAUAUCUCUGAUCGCCAAUGAACAGAACAAAAUACUUCUCCAGGAGAGUUCUGACCAAGAGUUUCACCGCUGCUUCCAGUUUCAGGCCCCUCAUGUGGAGAAUGACGAAGUGCAACAUUUUAAGGUGAAGGUUCAAGGUGAAACAUUUCAAUCGACAGAGGAGAGAAUGGUCAUGAUUAAACCCUACAAACCGAUGACAUUUGUCCAAACAGAUAAACCAAUCUACAACCCGGGACACACAGUGCAGUUUAGAGUCAUCACCUUGGAUACCAAUUUUAGCCCUGUCAAUCAGCUGUACAACAUUGUGGAACUGCAGGAUGUUCAUCAGAACAGGAUUGGACAGUGGGUCAAUACUACAUCCAAUGGCAACAUUCUGCAGCUUUCUUACCCCCUGAACUCUGAAGCACCCGUAGGAACCUAUGCUAUUGUAGUGUGGAUUGGUGAAAACCAAAUAUACCAUCACUUCAAGGUAGAAAAGUAUGUUUUGCCAAAGUUUGAGAUCAAAAUGAACCUCACCGAUGAGAUCAGCGUUGUUCAAGAGGAGUAUAAAGUAGAAGUGUGUGCAACAUACACUUAUGGGCAACCUGUACCUGGUAAAGCAGAGGUAGAGUUGUGCCGACCCUUAGGGCACAAUAUAUUGAUACCAAUAAGAAUUGAUGAGAAAAAUCCAGAAGGAGUUCCUGAUUAUUCACCCCCCUGCCAUAAAGAGUCAAUAGAGAUGGACCAAACUGGCUGUGCUUCUCAUGUCUUCAACAUGUCAAUUUUCACAAAGGAUGCUGGCCAGAAAAUGCUCAUAGACAGGCUGAGGUUUAAUGCAAAAGUAGAGGAGGAGGGGACAGGUAUUACACAGUCAAAGGAAAAACACAUUGCUCUCUCCUAUGUGAUUGGAAAACUCACAUUUGUCAACACACCCAAAAUCUAUGAGCAUGGAUCAACUAUCGAGGGCAAAAUUAACGUUGUUCACUUCAACAACACACCUAUCGCAGACAUGCUAGUCUACCUUUUGGAGGAGAAAGCCUGGUCCUCACAUCUUCUACAGAACCUAACCACGGACAGUCAUGGUACUGCCAGUUUCUCCCUCAACACAAGCAGUAUUGCCAUAGAGAAUUUUAACCUCAUAGCAAGCAUCACACCUCAAGUGGAGAACAGUAGAUACAGGGUCCCCUAUUUCAAAAGAGGGCACCACAUGCUCUCCCUGAUCCAGCCCAUUGCCCCUCACAGUAAAACAUCCAGCUCUCUGGCUAUUCAGAAGAUGGCGAAACCACUGGCAUGUGGGGAGGAAGUGUCAAUCACCAUCCAGUACGCCAUCGUAGGGGAGACUGUCCCAAAGGGCUCUGUGGAUGUCAUCUACCUGGCCUUAUCCAGAGGGGUGAUAGUUCAGCAUGGACAUAUCAAGGUUACUGUGCAGCAGGGGAGUCCUGCAACUGAGGGUGAAGUCACCUUGAAGUUGGCAGUGGUUCCAGAGAUGGCGCCAGUGGUACAGGUCCUUGUGUACAGUAUGCUACCCAGUGAGACUGUCAUCGCCCACAGCAUGAACUUCCCCACUGAGAAAUGCUUCAGGCACAAGGUGUCGGUGGAGUUCUCACCCUCACAAGCAGUUCCAGGGGAGGAGAACACCCUGCAGCUCUCGGCCCAGCCCGGCUCCCUCUGUGGCCUCAGUGCUGUGGACCAGAGUGUUCACAUCUUGGAGCCAGGGAAGAGGCUGAAUGCUGACAAGAUAUUUGAUUUGUUACCAGUCAAGGAGACAACACACAUUCCCUAUCAGCUUGAAGAUCCAGUAGCAUGUUUACAUGUAAGACCAAGGAGAAAUGCAAUGCUAUACCCAGGACAAACUGAGGAGAAAAAUGAACCUUAUGAAGUUUUUAAGAAACUGGGACUGAAGCUGGCAACUAAUCUGGUUCUAAGAGUACCUUCCUGCCUAAGUUUUAAGGGAACCCAGUACCAUCGCGGCCAUGGACGCUAUAUAAGCUACUCUCACCAUCGAACCAUGGACGGACUUCUGGUGGCUCAAGCUGGAGCAGCUGGAGCAGCUGGUGGCCUUGCACCUCCACCACCCAUACAGACGGUCCGUACGUUCUUCCCUGAGACGUGGAUAUGGGAUCUUGUGGAAGUUGGGGAAUCUGGCACAGCAGACAUGCCCCUCACAGUUCCAGACACCAUCACCACCUGGGAGACAGAAGCAUUCUGCCUGGCUCCUGGCGGCUUCGGCCUGGCUCCUCCAGUGGAGCUCACUGUCUUCCAGCCCUUCUUCCUGGAACUCACCCUGCCGUACUCCAUCAUCCGUGGAGAGCACUUUGAGCUGAAGGCCACUGUGUUUAACUACCUGUCCAAGUGCAUCAUGGUUUCUGUGACUCCAGCUCACUCCUUAGACUACACUCUCACACCCUUGAAGGAUGUCCAGUACUCAUCAUGCUUGUGUGCCAAUGGACGAAAGACCUUCAGUUGGACAUUGGCACCCUCUAUCCUGGGGGUUAUGAAUGUGUCCGUUAGUGCAGAGGCUGUCCAGUCCCACGCUGCGUGUGACAAUGAGAUUGUGAACGUACCGGAGAGAGGACGCAUCGACACAGUCACACAGAGCCUGCUGGUGAAGGCUGAGGGAACAGAGAAGACCGACACCUACAACUGGUUGCUGUGUCCAACUGGAGUAACUAUGACAGAGGAGGUGGAACUGCAACUCCCCAAGAAUGUGGUGGAUGGAUCUGAUCGAAUUUCUCUCUCAGUCCUGGGUGACAUCCUGGGUCGCGCCCUGGAGAACCUGGAUGGACUGUUGCAGAUGCCGUAUGGGUGUGGAGAGCAGAAUAUGGCCCUCCUCGCCCCCAAUAUCUACAUCCUGGAGUACCUGAGGAACACAGAGCAGCUCACUCCAGCCAUCCGAGACAAGGCCAUCAAGUUCCUCACUAGUGGUUACCAAAGGCAGCUGAACUACAAGCAUGUUGAUGGUGCAUACAGCACAUUUGGACAAGGUUCAGGGAACACUUGGCUGACUGCUUUUGUUUUGAGAUCCUUUGGCAAAGCAAAAUCUUUCAUUUAUAUUGAUCCAGUAACAAUUGAGCAAACCAAGACUUGGUUGGAACGUCAACAAGGCGAACAUGGCUGUUUCAUUAGAUUGGGGAAACUCUUUAACAACAGAAUGAAGGGUGGGGUGACAGAUGAAGUCACACUGACGGCCUACAUCACUGCUUCAAUGCUGGAGCUCAACAUGUCAGUGUCGGAUCCUGUUGUGUACCGCAGCUUGUCUUGCCUGAGGAACUCCACCAGUGAUUUGUCUAACACUUACACUACUGCUCUGCUAGCCUACACCUUUACCCUGGCAGGGGACAUGGAGACCCGGGCCCAGCUUCUGCAGCACCUGGACACGAUCGCAUUACAAGAAGGGGGUGUCCUGCACUGGACUCAGACCUCCUCAGAGACCUCAGCCUCCCUGGCGGUAGAAAUCAGCUCCUAUGUUCUGCUGGCUUCCCUCAGUGCCUCCCCUCUGUCUACCACUGACCUGGGAUACGCCUCCCGCAUCGUCAGGUGGCUGGUGAGACAGCAGAACGCCUACGGAGGCUUCUCUUCCACACAGGACACAGUGGUGGCCCUCCAGGGCCUGGCUCUCUACUCCACCAGGGUGUACAGUAGAGAGGGUGCCAGCACAGUCACAGUACAUUCUCCCAGUGGGGCACAGCACCUCUUCGAAGUGAACCAAAACAACAAGCUUCUCUACCAGGAGAGGGCGCUGCAGGACACAGAAGGGAAGUACAGCGUUGAAGUGAAGGGCAGUGCUUGUGCCUCAGUGCAGGUGGCGCUCCACUACAACAUCCCUACUCCUACUGACAGCACAACGCUCAGUAUCCAGGUGAAGCCAGUGGUGGACUGCAACAGUAACUCUUUGAGACCCAGAGUCACGCUGAAACUCCAGUCUCAAAAUCAUGGAAAGGAGCUGACCACAAAUAUGAUUAUAGUGGAUUUGAAAAUGCUGUCUGGGUUUGUCCCAGACCCAGAGUCUUUGGGGAGGCUGAGGAGAUCACUUUUUGUGGAUCGUGUUGAUGCUAAAGAUGACCAUGUGUUAAUGUACUUGACAGAGGUGUGAGUGUUGACGAGUACAAGGCUGGAGAUCACUCUGUCAUGCUGAUUGAGUUUGAAUAACAGACCGGAAGCUUCAAAAGGAGGGUGGUGCUUGGAAUCAUUGUUCUUCCUCUGUCAAUCAUGGUUACCUGCAAGGAAAUACGUGCCGUCAUCAUUGCUUUGCACAAAAAGGGCUUCACAGGCAAGGAUAUUGCUGCCAGUAAGAUUGCACCUAAAUCAAUAAUUUAUCGGAUCAUCAAGAACUUCAAGGAGAGCAGUUCAAUUGUUAUGAAGAAGGCUUUAGGGCGCCCAAGAAAGUCCAGCAAGCGCCAGGACUGUCUCCUAAAGUUGAUUCAGCUGUGGGAUUGGGGCACCACCAGUAUAGAGCUUGCUCAGGAAUGGCAGCAGGCAGGUGUGAGUGCAUCUGAACGCACAGCGAGGCGAAGACUUUUGGAGGAUGGCCUGGUUUCAAGAAGGGAAGCAAAGAAGCCACGUCUCUCCAGGAAAAACAUCAGGGACAGACUGAUAUUCUGCAAAAGGUAUAGGGAUUGGACUGCUGAGGACUGGGGUAAAGUCAUUUUCUCUGAUGAAUCCCCUUUCCGAUUGUUUGGGGCAUCCAGAAAAAUGCUUGUCCAGAGAAAACAAAAGUAAAGCAUCCUGUGCCCAUUCAUAUGUGGGUUUGCUUCUCAGCCAAGGGAGUGGCUCACUCACAAUUUUGCCUAAUAAUACAGCCAUGAAUAAAGAAUGGUACCAACACAUCCUCCGAGAGCAACUUCUCCCAACCAUCCAGGAACAGUUUGGUGACGAACAAUGCCUUUUCCAGUAUGAUGGAGCACCUUGCCAUAAGGCAAAAGUGAUAACUAAGUUGCUCGGGUACAAAACAUUGAUAUUUUGGGUCCAUGGCCAGGAAACUCUCCAGACCUUAAUCCCAUUGAGAUCUUGUGGUCAAUCCUCAAGAGGCGGGUGGACAAACAAAACCCCACAAAUUCUGACAAACUGCAAGCAUUGAUUAUGCAAGAAUGGGCUGCAUUCAGUCAGGAUGUGACCCAGAAGUUAAUUGACAGCAUGCCAGGGCGGAUUGCAGAGGUCUUGAAAAACAAGGGUCAACACUGCAAAUAUUGACUCUUUGAUUCAACUUCAUGUAAUUGUCAAUAAAAGCUUUUGAUACUUAUGAAAUGCUUGUAAUUAUACUUCAGUAUUCCAUAGUAACAUCUGACAAAAAUAUCUAAAGGCACUGAAGCAGCAAACUUUGUGAAAAUUAAUAUUUGUGUCAUUAAACAAAUCUUUUGGCCA